AUGCGUAUGUCCACACAAUCACCUAUCUCAUUGUCGGGUCUAUGCUCAGCAAAAUCAGCCCAAAUACUUGUGACCACAAAUUAUGGCUUAUAUUUUGGCGAUAAAACACGGAUUGUGGUGAAAAUGUUAUGCACCUUGGUUAUAUCGUUUGCGAUAUGUUGGAUGCCAUUGCAGAUCUUCAAUCUGGUUCUGUGGCUGUUUGACGAUCUCCGCCGCCUUCAGACCCGACAGCAGUACUACUUCUAUGUCUACUCCUAUUUCUCGUGUCAUUUCCUAUCGAUUAUUCACUCACUAAUCGAUCCAUUGAUCUAUUGUUUUAUGAGCAAAAACUUCAAAAAUAUUCUGUUACAAGACAUCAGUUCAAUGAUAUGCUGCGGAAGAGGCAGAAGCCCUGCCAACCGGUGCUCUAAUGAAGUCAUAUCUCAGACACAGAUCACAAUCACUCAAAGGAGAUCCGUUCAGGACAUACCAUCUCAGCUCAACUGUUCAUCUCUUAUGUAAAUCACAGAAAUGUUAUCAUAUAUUAUAUAAUAAUAAAUAUAUAUUUCCUAUUCAUAAGAGUCUUAUAUGUUAUAUAAAUAUAUGAAUUUCUAAAGAAUAUUCUGAGAGGUUUUGCUUUAAGCUGAAGAGUUUGGUUGAGAGCUAUCGGAAUCGAUGAG